AUGGAUCAAAGGAAGAAUGAGAGUAUUGUUCCUAGUAUCACUCAAUUAGAAGAUUUUCUUACAGAACACAAUUCCAAUGUUGUUUGGCUCCUUGUUGCUACCAUUUUGUCCUGUGGAUGGAUUAUUUAUCUCACGUAUUACAAUUCUCGAAAUGUUGGUCUUAUUUUAACAUUGGUUCUUAAUAGAUUAUACAAACAUGGGUAUAUCCAUAUUGGCUCCUUCUCUUUCUCUGUUCUUUCUGGAAAAGUCAUGGUUCGUGAAAUCUAUUAUAUUACAGAAGACAUGUCUAUUAGAAUUCAAGAUGGAUUUAUAAUUUUUCGGUGGUGGAAAAUGUAUAAUCCAAAGCAGAAGCAACAUGAUCCAAAGGCAGAAACCAGAUUAUACAUCACAGUCAAUGACUUUGAAUUUCAUGUCUAUAAUCGUUCGGAUCUUUAUGGACGUCUUCAAGAAUUGUUUGGUUUGGAACCAACAAUAAUUCCACCCAAGAAAGAGGAUGAUAAAUCACGGGAAAAUGGAAGAACAAGAGCCCAGUCUAAAAUUGAAAGAGUUAAAGUAAAAACAGAAUCUCAAGACCCCACAUCUUCAUGGAGAUCACUCAUUCCAGUUAUAAAAGUCAAUGUGAGCACAGGACGUUUGGCCUUUGGAAAUCAUUACCAACCUCAAACUCUAUGUAUCAACUUUGAUGAUGCUUUCUUAACUUAUACUACAAAACCACCUUCCAGUCAUCUUGACCAAUUUAUGCAUAUUGUGAAAGGAAAGCUUGAAAAUGUUCGAGUCAUGCUUGUUCCCAGUCCAAGAUAUGUUGGUCUUCAAAAUGAUGAGCCACCAAGAUUAAUGGGAGAAGGUUUUGUGGUGAUGCAGUCAAAUGAUGUUGACAUCUACUAUUACAUGGAUGAACCAGGACUUGUUCCAGAAGAAACAGAAGAAAAUACUGAAGGAGAAAUGAGCAGUGAGGAUUGCAAAUUACAAGAUUUGCCUCCAUGUUGGGGAUUGGAUAUAGUUUGUGGUAAAGGAACAGAUUUCAACUAUGGGCCAUGGGCCGAUAGGCAGAGAGAUUGUUUAUGGAAGUUUUUCUUCCCACCUGAUUAUCAAGUUCUGAAAGUUUCUGAAAUUGCACAGCCUGGGAGACCACGACAGAUUCUUGCUUUUGAACUGCGAAUGAAUAUUAUUGCAGAUGCUACAAUUGAUUUGCUAUUUACCAAAAAUAGGGAAACAAAUGCUGUACAUGUAAAUGUAGGAGCUGGGUCAUAUUUAGAAAUUAAUAUUCCAAUGACAGUUGAGGAAAACGGUUACACUCCUGCCAUUAAAGGACAGCUCUUACAUGUUGAUGCCACCACCAGCAUGCAAUACCGCACCCUCUUAGAAGCAGAAAUGUUAGCAUUCCACAUCAAUGCCAGUUACCCCCGAAUAUGGAACAUGCCACAGACAUGGCAGUGUGAAUUAGAAGUUUAUAAAGCCACCUACCACUUCAUCUUUGCACAGAAGAACUUCUUUACUGAUUUAAUUCAAGACUGGUCUAGUGAUAGUGCUCCAGACAUUUUUUCAUUUGUGCCAUAUACAUGGAAUUUUAAAAUCAUGUUUCAUCAAUUUGAAAUGAUUUGGGCUGCUAAUCAACACAAUUGGAUUGAUUGUUCCACUAAACAACAAGAAAAUGUGUAUCUGGCAGCCUGUGGGGAAACAUUAAACAUUGAUUUCUCUUUGCCUUUUACGGACUUUGUUCCAGCUACGUGUAACACCAAGUUCUCUUUAAGAGGAGAAGAUGUUGAUCUUCAUUUAUUUCUACCAGAUUGCCACCCUAGUAAAUAUUCAUUAUUUAUGCUGGUGAAGAAUUGCCACCCAAACAAAAUGACUCAUGAUACCGGUAUUCCUGCUGAGUGUCAAAGUGGGCAGAAAACUGUUAAACCAAAAUGGCGGAACAUUACACAAGAAAAAGCUGGUUGGGUUGAAUGCUGGACUGUCCCAAGUGUCAUGCUCACAAUUGAUUAUACAUGGCAUCCAAUUUAUCCGCAAAAAGCAGAUGAGCAGCUAAAGCAAUCGUUGUCAGAAAUGGAAGAAACAAUGCUAUCUGUAUUAAGGCCAUCCCAGAAAACAUCAGACAGAGUUGUUUCUUCUCCUUCUACUUCGUCACGCCCACCUAUUGAUCCCUCAGAACUUCCACCUGAUAAACUUCAUGUGGAAAUGGAACUUUCUCCAGAUUCUCAAAUAACUCUAUAUGGACCAUUAUUAAAUGCCUUCUUAUGUAUAAAGGAAAACUACUUUGGGGAAGAUGACAUGUAUAUGGAUUUUGAAGAGGUUAUUUCAAGUCCUGUUCUGUCACUGUCAACAUCAUCCAGCUCUGGGUGGACUGCUGUUGGAAUGGAAAAUGACAGAAAGGAAAAUGAAAGUUCAGCCAAAUCAAUUCAUCCGCUUACCUUGCGUCCUUGGGAUAUUACUGUACUUGUUAAUUUGUACAAAGUUCAUGGGCGUCUUCCUGUUCAUGGAACCACUGAUGGUCCUGAGUGCCCUACAGCAUUCUUGGAAAGACUGUGUUUUGAAAUGAAAAAAGGAUUUAGGGAGACCAUGCUGCAACUUGUCCUGUCACCCCUGAAUGUGUUUGUCAGUGACAAUUAUCAGCAGCGACCCCCUGUGGAUGAAGUACUCCGGGAAGGUCACAUCAAUUUGUCGGGUCUCCAGCUGAGAGCACAUGCUAUGUUCUCAGCAGAAGGUCUUCCUUUGGGAAGUGAUUCUUUAGAAUACGCAUGGUUAAUUGAUGUGCAGGCUGGAAGCCUUACAGCUAAGGUCACAGCACCACAGCUGGCUUGUCUCUUGGAGUGGGGACAGACAUUUGUUUUUCAUGUGGUAUGUCGGGAGUAUGAGCUGGAAAGACCCAAAUCAGUAAUAAUAUGUCAGCAUGGAAUUGACCGUCGGUUCUGUGAAUCCAAGUUGAGCUGUAUUCCUGGGCCUUGUCCAACUUCAGAUGAUUUGAAAUAUACUAUGACUCGUUUAGCAGUAGAUGGAGCAGAUAUUUAUAUUGUGGAGCAUGGCUGUGCUACAAAUCUAAAGAUGGGUGCAAUUCGAGUUGCGAACUGUAAUCUCCACAAUCAGUCGGUUGGGGAAGGAAUAAGUGCUGCAAUUCAGGAUUUUCAAGUGAGACAGUACAUUGAACAGUUAAAUAAUUCCAGAGUUGGACUUCAGCCUGCAGUGCUACGGAGGGCCUAUUGGCUUGAAGCUGGGUCAGCCAAUUUAGGACUCAUUACUGUUGAUAUUGCAUUAGCUGCAGAUCAUCAUUCUAAACAUGAGGCCCAAAGACAUUUCUUAGAAACUCAUGAUGCCAGAACUAAGAGGUUGUGGUUUUUGUGGCCAGAUGAUACCCUGAAGAAUAAGAGGUGUAAGAACAAAUGUGGUUGUCUUGGUGGCUGCAGAUUCUUUGGUGGCACAGUAACUGGCCUAGAUUUCUUCAAACUUGAAGAGUUGACACCUUCCAGUAGUUCUGCGUUUUCAAGCACGAGUGCAGAGUCUGAUAUGUAUUAUGGACAGUCUCUGCUACAGCCUGGAGAAUGGAUUAUUACUAAAGAAAUUCCCAAAGUUGUAGAUGGUAAUGUGAAUGGCAUGAAGAGGAAAGAAUGGGAAAACAAAUCAGUGGGAAUAGAAGUAGAAAGAAAAACUCAGCACCUUAGUCUUCAAGUACCGUUACGAUCUCAUAGCUCAUCUUCUUCCUCAGAAGAAAAUAGUAGUUCUAGUGCUGCACAGCCUUUAUUGGCUGGAGAAAAAGAAAGUCCCUCUUCUGUUGCUGAUGACCAUUUGGUUCAAAAAGAAUUCUUGCAUAGUGCGAAAAGAGAUGAUGGCCAAGUAAGUAUUCCUACAGAAAUAUCAGGAAAUAGCCCCGUGUCUCCUAAUACUCAGGAAAAGUCAGUAGGUCAGUCUCCUCUGAGAUCUCCCUUGAAACGACAAGCCUCUGUAUGUUCCACUCGACUUGGAAGUACCAAGAGCCUUACUGCUGCUUUUUAUGGGGACAAGCAGCCUGUUACAGUUGGAGUCCAGUUUAGUAGUGAUGUCUCCCGAAGUGAUGAGAAUGUGCUAGACUCACCAAAGCAGAGAAGGAGUUUUGGUUCAUUUCCAUACACACCAUCAGCAGACUCCAAUUCAUUUCAUCAAUAUCGAUCAAUGGAUUCCAGUAUGUCAAUGGCUGAUAGUGAAGCCUACUUUUCUGCAGCUGAAGAAUUUGAGCCCAUUAGCAGUGAUGAAGGCCCGGGAACUUAUCCAGGUAGAAAAAAGAAGAAAAAGCAAACACAGCAGAUUGACUACAGUAGGGGUUCCAUAUAUCACAGUGUGGAAGGGCCACUUACUGGCCAUGGAGAAAGCAUUCAGGAUCCCCGAACUCUGCCGUUCAAAACUCAUCCUUCCCAGGCUUCAUUUGUUUCUGCGUUAGGUGGAGAAGAUGAUGUUAUAGAACAUCCGUAUGUUGUAGAAGUUGAGAAAACAGUAGAGAGUGAACAGAUUACUUCUCAACAACCUGUGAUGAAUUGUUAUCAGACUUACCUUACUCAGUUUCAGGUAAUUAAUUGGUCAGUGAAGCACCCUACUAACAAAAGAACCUCAAAAUCCUCAUUGCAUCGUCCCCUCGAUCUGGACACUCCAACCAGUGAAGAAAGUUCAUCAUCAUUUGAACAGCUUUCUGUUCCAACUUUUAAGGUUAUCAAACAGGGGCUCACCGCUAAUUCUUUACUAGACAGAGGAAUGCAACUUUCAGGAACAACUUCGAAUACACCAUAUACUCCUCUGGAAAAGAAAACUGUUGAUAACACAGAUGAUGAAACAUUAACAGAAGAGUGGACCCUGGAUCAACCAGUCUCUCAGACCAGGACCACAGCCAUAGUUGAAGUAAAAGGGACUGUUGAUAUUGUUCUGACUCCCCUGGUGGCUGAAGCUUUGGACAGAUAUAUUGAAGCGAUGGUUCAUUGUGCUAGUACCCGCCAUCCAGCUGCAAUUGUAGAUGAUCUCCAUGCCAAAGUCCUCAGGGAAGCUGUCCAAAAUAGCAAGACUACCUUCUCAGAAAAUCUAUCUUCCAAACAAGAUGUUAGAGGAACAAAAACUGAACAUACUACCAUAGGAACUACUAACCAAGGACAAGCACAGACAAAUCUUAUAAUGAAGCAAGAUAAUGUAACAAUUAAAGGUCUUCAGGCUAAUGUUAGCAUACCAAAGGUAAACUUAUGUUUGUUACAAGCCUCCGUGGAAGAAUCUCCAAGUACAGCUCCUAAUAAAAGCGUGACUCAUGUUUCUCUAGUAGCAUUGUGUUUUGACAGAAUUGCUACACAAGUUCGUAUGAACAGAGGUGUGGUUGAAGAGACUUCAAACAAUGCAGAACCUGGUAGAACAUCUAAUUUUGAUAGGUAUGUCCAUGCCACUAAGAUGCAGCCUCAGUCAUCUGGAUCUCUCAGAUCAAAUGCUGGAGCAGAAAAAGGCAAAGAAAUUGCAGCCAAGUUAAAUAUUCAUCGAGUUCAUGGGCAACUUAGGGGUCUUGAUACAACAGAUAUUGGUACCUGUGCCAUCACUGCUAUUCCUUUUGAGAAAUCCAAAGUUUUAUUUACUCUUGAAGAGUUGGAUGAGUUUACUUUUGUGGAUGAAACUGAUCAGCAAGCUGUUCCAGAUGUGACUCGCAUAGGUCCCAGCCAAGAAAAAUGGGGUUGGAUAAUGUUUGAAUGUGGACUUGAAAAUUUAACCAUAAAAGGAGGAAGACAAUCUGGUGCUGUUUUAUAUAAUACGUUUGGAAUUAUGGGUAAAGCUAGUGUCACAGAAAGAGGUGGAGUGCUGACAUCCAAUAAUUCUUCUGAUUCUCCAACUGGCAGUGGCUAUAAUACUGAUGUUUCUGAUGAUAAUCUUCCUUGUGAUCGAAUAAGUCCUUCUUCAGACUUAAAUGGAAAUUCUGUUUCAGAUGAACAAGAUGAAGGAGUUGAAUCUGAUGAUUUGAAAAAAGAUCUACCUCUGAUGCCUCCACCUCCAGAUUCAUGUAGCAUGAAGUUGACCAUCAAGGAAAUAUGGUUUAGUUUUGCAGCUCCCACCAAUGUGAGAUCUCCUACACAUUCAUUUUCUAGGCAGCUGAACCUUUUAAGCACUGCAACUCCAGCUGUUGGUGCAUGGCUUGUUCCCAUUGAUCAACUCAAAUCAUCCUUAAACAAAUUAGAAACUGAAGGCACCUUGAGAAUUUGUGCUGUUAUGGGAUGCAUAAUGACAGAAGCAUUAGAGAAUAAAAGUGUACAUUUUCCGCUGAGAAGUAAAUACAACAGACUUACAAAAGUUGCACGUUUUCUCCAAGAAAAUCCUUCAUGUUUGCUGUGCAAUAUACUACAUCACUACCUGCACCAGGCAAAUUACUCCAUCAUUGAUGAUGCUACAAUGAGUGAUGGACUUCCUGCGUUGGUAACUUUAAAGAAAGGUUUAGUUGCACUGGCAAGGCAGUGGAUGAAGUUUAUUGUGGUGACACCAGCCUUUAAAGGAGUUAGCUUACAUCGACCAGCUCAGCCCCUCAAACCUCAAUCAGCUGUGGAUCACGAACAUGAAGAUGGACUUGGGCUGGACAAUGGAGGUGGUCUUCAAAGUGACACCAGUGCUGAUGGAGCAGAAUUUGAAUUUGAUGCAGCCACAGUCAGUGAACACACAAUGCUGCUAGAAGGAACAGCCAACCGGCCUCCACCUGGUAGUUCUGGACCUGUAACUGGAGCUGAAAUAAUGAGGAAACUUUCUAAGACUCAUACUCAUAGUGACUCUGCAUUAAAAAUAAAGGGCAUUCACCCAUAUCAUUCUUUGAGCUAUACCAGUGGAGACACUGCCACAGAUUCUCCGGUACAUGUUGGACGUGCUGGGAUGCCAGUUAAGGAGAGUCCAAGGAAGGAGAGCCUACUCAGCUACCUGACUGGAAGCUUCCCAAGCCUGCACAACCUCCUGGAAGGGACCCCUCAAAGAAGUAGUGCAGCUGUAAAAAGCAGCUCCUUAACAAGAACAGGAAAUACAAUGGCCACUGAUAUGUUAUCCGAACAUCCCUUGCUAUCUGAGCCAUCUUCUGUGAGUUUCUAUAAUUGGAUGUCAAAUGCUGUUGGUAAUCGUGGAAGUGUGGUACAGGAAUCUCCUGUUACAAAGUCUGCACAUAACAGCCUUCCAACAGGUGUUGCACCCAAUCUUCCUACGAUACCCUCAGCUUCAGAUUUCAACACUGUCUUAUCUAGCGACCAGAAUACUUUGGAUGGAACGCAUUCUCAGCAUAGCACUAGUCAGGAUGAUGUGGCAGGUGUAGAAGAAGCCAACCAAGGGUUUCCUGCUGUGCAGCUUGCUGAUGCACAGGAAAAGAUCACUAAAGGAGAAUGGUGGCAAGGUCAUGUGAAUCUUCCUCCACUUGAAUUCAAACCAGCAUUAAUGUUGGAAACCUUUAGCAUCAGUGCUGUUGUAAUGGAAAAGUCUGUUUGCACCCCUCAGAACUCUACCAGUGCUCUUUCUUUUCAUGAUCUCAACAAGCGUUAUUAUAAUACCUUUCACUGCAACUUUACAAUUUCUUGUCAGUCAAUAAGCCAGCAUGUAGAUAUGGCUUUGGUUCGUCUUAUUCAUCAAUUUAGUACCAUGAUAGAUGACAUCAAAGCGACUCAGACUGACAUUAAACUUAGCAGAUACACAGCUGGAUCAGCUUCCCCAACACCCACCUUCAAAACCAGAAAACAUCGGGAUUUUCGCUCAUCUGACUUCAGCCGCAGUUCUAGAGGAAGUCUGAAUGGUGGCAAUAGAGUAAACAAUGCAAAGAACAAACGGACCAACAAUGAAAAUAACAAAAAGGAAUCUCGAAACAAAAAUUCGUUAGGAAGAUCUGAAAGAAGAACUUCAAAAGUGUCCAGGAAGGGUUCAAAAGAUGUGGUGGACCAUAUGACUAUUCAUAUGGAUGACUCCGAUUCAAUCACAGUGUCAGAACAAAGUGAGCCUUCGGCUGAGUGCUGGCAGAAUAUGUAUAAAUUACUUAACUUCUAUUCACUUAUCUCUGAUCCAACAGGAAUAUUGGAAAAAUCUUCAGAAACAUUUGGACCAGCAGGAGUUCGGAGCCCUACAGAGCCAACAUGUAAAGUUGUGUUUGAGAAUGAACAAGACAAUAACAGUUUGACUAAGACACAGAGGAAACGUAGCUUGGUAACUUCUGAACCUCAGCAUGUUACUCUAAUCGUGUUUGGGAUUGGCAUGGUGAACCGCACACACCUGGAGGCAGACAUUGGUGGGCUAACAAUGGAAUCAGAGCUGAAGAGGAUUCAUGGCAGCUUUACACUUAAGGAAAAAAUGAAAGAUGUUUUACAUCAAAAGAUGACUGAGACAUGUGCUACUGCUCAUAUUGGUGGGGUUAAUAUUGUGCUGCUUGAAGGGAUUACACCAAAUAUACAACUGGAGGAUUUUCCUACAUCUCCUACAAGCACAGCCAAACAAGAGUUUCUAACUGUGGUGAAGUGUAGUAUUGCCAAGUCACAAGCCCUCUACAGUGCCCAGAGAGGUUUGAAGACUAACAAUGCUGCUGUGUUCAAAGUAGGGGCUAUCAGCAUCAACAUUCCCCAGCACCCUGCCACCUUACAUAGCAUGAUGGUUCGAAGUUCCCACCAACUGUCUAAGCAGAUCUCAGAUCUCAUCAGACAGCCUUCUACAGCCCCACAGCCUGUGAAAGAAGAUAUUGCAACGCCUCUACCUUCUGAAAAAACCCCAACUAGUGUUAAUCAAACUCCUAUUGAAACGAAUGAAUUUCCUCAGCUACCGGAAGGUUUAGAAAAGAAGCCUAUUGUUCUUAAGUUCAGUGCCAUGUUAGAUGGUAUAGCCAUAGGAGCAGCACUUUUACCAUCUCUAAAAGCAGAAUAUAAAAUGGGAAGAAUGAGGAGUCAUGGAAUGACAGGUGCACAGACCAGAUUUACAUUUGAGCUGCCAAAUCACAGAUUACGUUUUACUUCAAAAGUUUCUGCCACGGAUAUGUCAACCAUUCCUCCUUCUGCCAGUCUCAACCUUCCUCCUGUUACUAUGUCAGGAAAAUAUAUAAUGGAAGAGCAUGAUAGUUAUUCAGAUCAGGUGUGGAGUAUAGAUGAACUACCUUCUAAACAAGGGUACUAUUUACAGGGAAAUUACCUACGUUGUGUGGCAGAAGUUGGCUCUUUUGAACAUAAUCUCACAACCGAUCUGCUAAACCACUUGGUAUUUGUGCAGAAAGUGUUCAUGAAGGAAGUUAAUGAAGUAAUACAGAAAGUUUCUGGUGGGGAGCAGCCUAUUCCUCUUUGGAAUGAACAUGAUGGGACGGCAGAUGGAGAUAAGCCUAAAAUUCUACUCUAUUCCCUGAAUUUGCAGUUUAAGGGCAUCCAAGUAACAGCCACAACUCCAUCAAUGAGAGCUGUGAGAUUUGAAACUGGAUUGAUAGAGCUGGAACUUUCAAACCGACUUCAAACCAAAGCCUCACCAGGAAGUAGCAGCUAUCUGAAACUGUUUGGUAAAUGCCAAGUGGAUUUAAAUCUGGCAUUAGGACAAAUUGUCAAACAUCAGGUUUAUGAGGAAGCCGGUUCUGAUUUUCAUCAAGUUGCGUAUUUUAAAACCAGAAUUGGAUUAAGAAAUGCCCUCCGAGAAGAAAUCAGUGGUUCUUCAGAUAGAGAAGCUGUGCUUAUUACCUUGAAUAGACCAAUUGUUUAUGCACAGCCUGUGGCCUUUGACAGAGCUGUGCUGUUUUGGCUGAAUUAUAAGGCUGCCUAUGACAACUGGAAUGAACAACGAAUGGCUUUACAUAAAGAUAUCCAUAUGGCUACAAAGGAAGUAGUAGAUAUGCUACCAGGUAUCCAGCAAACAUCAGCCCAGGCCUUUGGGACUCUCUUCCUCCAGCUUACUGUGAAUGAUCUGGGAAUAUGUCUGCCCAUCACAAAUACUGCGCAGUCUAAUCACACUGGAGACCUUGACAUUGGUUCUGCUUUAGUAUUGACCAUUGAAAGUACUCUCAUCACUGCUUGUUCUUCAGAAUCUCUGGUUAGUAAAGGGCAUUUCAAAAACUUUUGUAUUCGUUUUGCUGAUGGCUUUGAGACGUCGUGGGAUGACUGGAAACCAGAAAUUCGUGGCGAUCUAGUGAUGAAUGCCUGUGUAGUUCCAGAUGGCACCUAUGAAGUAUGUUCUAGGACUACAGGACAAGCAGCUGCUGAAAGUAGUAGUGCUGGAACAUGGACGCUCAAUGUAUUAUGGAAAAUGUGUGGGAUUGAUGUCCACAUGGAUCCUAACAUUGGCAAAAGGCUUAAUGCUCUGGGCAAUACCCUUACGACACUGACAGGAGAGGAGGACAUAGAUGAUAUUGCUGAUCUCAAUUCAGUGAACAUAGCUGACCUGUCCGAUGAGGAUGAAGUUGAUACUAUGUCUCCCACUAUCCAUACUGAAGCUGUAGAUUAUCGAAGACCAGGAGCAUCAUGCAGCCAGCCAGGAGAACUUAGAGGAAGAAAAAUCAUGAAGCGUAUAGUGGAUAUCAGAGAACUGAAUGAACAGGCCAAAGUAAUAGAUGAUCUUAAAAAAUUAGGUGCAAGUGAAGGAACCAUAAACCAGGAAAUUCAGCGUUAUCAACAAUUAGAAUCUGUUGCUGUGAACGAUAUUCGAAGAGACGUUCGUAAAAAAUUACGGAGGUCUAGUAUGCGAGCUGCUUCCCUAAAGGAUAAAUGGGGUUUGGGUUACAAACCAAGUUACAGCCGUUCAAAAAGCAUUUCUGCUUCUGGAAGACCACCUCUUAAACGAAUGGAAAGGGCAAGUUCUCGAAUAGGAGAAACUGAGGAGCUCCCUGAAAUCCGUGUAGAUGCAGCAUCUCCUGGACCCAGAGUAACUUUCAAUAUCCAAGAUACAUUUCCAGAGGAGACAGAACUGGACCUUUUGUCAGUAACCAUUGAAGGUCCCUCCCAUUACUCAUCAAACAGUGAAGGAUCAUAUUCUGUGUUCAGCUCUUCCAAAACUCCAGGAGGCUUUUCAACAGGCAUUCCUUUCCAACCUGAAGAGGGCCGACGGGAUGACAGUUUGUCUUCCACUAGUGAAGAUUCUGAGAAGGAUGAAAAGGAUGAAGAUCAUGAGAGGGAAAGGUUUUAUAUUUACAGGAAACCCUCACAUACAUCUCGUAAAAAAGCAACAGGUUUUGCUGCUGUUCAUCAACUAUUUACAGAACGCUGGCCCACGGCUCCAGUCAACCGAAGUCUUAGUGGCACAGCUACAGAGAGAAAUAUUGACUUUGAACUUGAUAUACGUGUUGAAAUUGAUAGUGGAAAAUGUGUGCUACACCCAACUACCCUUCUACAAGAACAUGACGAUAUAAGUUUGAGAAGGAGUUAUGAUAGAAGUUCCAGGAGCUUAGAUCAAGAUUCUCCUUCAAAAAAGAAGAAGUUUCAAACUAAUUAUGCUUCUACUACCCAUUUAAUGACUGGCAAGAAAGUGCCAUCAUCUCUACAGACAAAACCUAGUGACUUAGAAACAACAGUAUUUUACAUUCCUGGAGUUGAUGUAAAGUUGCAUUACAAUUCCAAGACACUAAAGACUGACUCACCUAAUGCCUCCAGAGGAUCUUCCUUGCCAAGAACGCUCUCUAAAGAGUCCAAGCUGUAUGGUAUGAAAGAUAGUGCAUCAUCUCCUCCUUCUCCUCCUUUACCCUGCACUGUCCAGAGCAAGACUAACACCUUACUUCCUCCCCAACCCCCACCUAUUCCCUCAGCCAAAGGAAAAGGAAGUGGAGGAGUCAAAACAGCCAAAUUGUACGCUUGGGUAGCACUUCAGUCAUUGCCAGAAGAAAUGGUUAUUAGUCCCUGCCUAUUAGAUUUUCUGGAAAAAGCUCUAGAAACUAUCCCAAUCACACCAAUUGAAAGGAAUUAUACAACUGUCAGUUCACAAGAUGAAGAUAUGGGACAUUUUGAAAUACCUGAUCCUAUGGAAGAAUCAACAACAUCAUUAGUAUCAUCUUCAACAUCUGCUUACUCUUCCUUCCCUGUAGAUGUUGUGGUUUAUGUACGAGUUCAGCCCUCACAGAUCAAGUUUAGCUGUUUACCAGUAUCAAGAGUAGAAUGCAUGCUGAAGCUGCCAUCCCUGGACUUGGUGUUUUCUUCCAACCGAGGAGAACUAGAGACUUUAGGGACCACAUAUCCCACAGAGACUUUAUCCCCUGGAGGUAAUACUACCCAGAGUGGAACAAAGACCUCUUCAAGCAAAACUGGAAUACCAGGUUCAUCAGGACUAGGCAGCCCUCUUGGCAGAAGUCGACACAGUAGUAGUCAGUCAGAUCUAACCAGUUCCAGCAGUAGUUCAUCUGGUUUGAGCUUCACUGCAUGCAUGUCUGAUUUUUCCCUUUAUGUAUUUCAUCCAUAUGGAGCAGGGAAACAAAAAACUGCUGUUUCUGGGCUGACUCCUGGAUCAGGAGGACUAGGGAAUGUGGAUGAAGAACCCACUUCAGUCACUGGUCGAAAAGACUCACUCAGUAUAAACCUUGAAUUUGUAAAAGUGAGUUUGUCUCGGAUAAGGCGUUCAGGAGGUGCCUCAUUUUUUGAAAGUCAGUCUGUAAGCAAGUCUGCAAGCAAAAUGGACACUACACUAAUCAAUAUAUCUGCUGUCUGCGAUAUAGGAUCUGCCUCCUUUAAAUAUGAUAUGCGUCGACUCAGUGAAAUUCUGGCAUUUCCAAGAGCCUGGUAUAGGAGAAGUAUUGCAAGACGCUUAUUCCUUGGAGACCAAACUAUAAAUUUGCCAACAUCUGGCCCAGGGACACCUGAUUCCAUUGAAGGGGUAAGCCAACAUCUUUCUCCAGAAUCAUCAAGAAAAGCUUACUGCAGGACCUGGGAGCAGCCUAGUCAGUCAGCCUCCUUCACCCACAUGCCUCAGUCACCUAACGUAUUCAAUGAACAUAUGACAAACAGCACCAUGUCACCAGGGACAGCAGCACAGAGCCUAAAGUCCCCAGCUUCCAUAAGAUCAAGGAGCGUGUCUGAUUCUUCAGUUCCCCGAAGAGAUUCACUUUCAAAAACAUCAACUCCUUUUAACAAAUCAAACAAAACAGCAAGCCAACAAGGGACCCCAUGGGAAACAUUGGUCGUGUUUGCCAUCAACUUGAAGCAAUUAAAUGUUCAAAUGAAUAUGAGUAAUGUAAUGGGAAAUACAACGUGGACAACUAGUGGUUUGAAGAGUCAGGGCCGUCUGUCAGUAGGAAGUAACCGAGAUCGAGAGAUAAGCAUGUCUGUUGGCCUGGGAAGAUCACAGUUAGAUUCUAAAGGAGGAGUAGUGGGAGGGACCAUAGAUGUCAAUGCUUUGGAGAUGGUUGCUCAUAUUUCUGAACAUCCAAAUCAGCAACCCAGUCACAAAAUUCAGAUUACUAUGGGUUCUACAGAAGCUCGUGUUGAUUACAUGGGCUCAAGUAUCCUCAUGGGUAUCUUCAGUAAUGCUGAUCUCAAGCUUCAGGAUGAAUGGAAAGUAAAUCUGUAUAAUACACUGGAUUCAAGCAUGACUGAUAAGAGUGAAAUAUUUGUCCAUGGAGAUCUGAAGUGGGAUAUUUUCCAAGUAAUGAUAUCAAGAUCAACUACACCGGACCUGAUAAAAAUAGGAAUGAAACUCCAGGAAUUUUUCACACAACAGUUUGACACCAGCAAACGAGCUCUGUCUACCUGGGGACCUGUUCCAUAUCUUCCACCUAAGACAAUGACAAAUAACUUAGAGAAAAGUUCACAAGAACAAUUGCUUGAUGCAGCUCAUCAUCGACAUUGGCCUGGAGUAUUGAAGGUGGUAUCGGGAUGCCACAUAUCCUUAUUUCAGAUUCCAUUACCAGAAAAUGGAAUGCAGUUUGGAGGAUCAAUGAGCUUACAUGGAAAUCAUAUGACACUAGCUUGUUUUCAUGGUCCAAAUUUCCGUUCAAAAUCCUGGGCCCUUUUUCACUUAGAAGAACCAAAUAUUGCUUUUUGGACUGAAGCUCAGAAAAUCUGGGAAGAUGGGUCUAGUGAUCAUUCUACAUAUAUUGUACAAACGCUGGAUUUUCAUCUGGGCCAUAACACCAUGGUUACCAAACCAUGUGGUGCUUUGGAAAGUCCUAUGGCAACAAUAACUAAGAUAACAAGGCGUCGCCAUGAGAAUCCACCCCAUGGAGUAGCAAGUGUGAAAGAAUGGUUCAAUUAUGUUACAGCCACAAGAAAUGAAGAGCUAAACUUGCUUCGUAAUGUUGAUGCUAAUAAUACUGAGAAUAGUACUACAGUGAAAAAUUCUAGUUUGUUGAGUGGAUUCAGAGGAGGUUCUAGCUACAAUCAUGAAACAGAGACUAUCUUUGCUUUACCAAGGAUGCAGCUUGAAUUUAAAUCCAUUCAUGUUCAAGAGCCACAAGAACCUUCAUUACAGGAUGCCAACCUGAAGCCGAAGGUAGAAUGCAGUGUGGUGACAGAGUUCACUGAUCAUAUUUGUGUGACUAUGGAUGCUGAGCUCAUCAUGUUCCUUCAUGAUUUAGUGUCAGCUUACCUUAAAGAAAAAGAAAAAGCCAUUUUUCCACCUCGGAUUUUAUCUACUCGACCAGGACAAAAAAGUCCAAUUAUUAUACAUGAUGACAAUUCCUCUGACAAAGACAGAGAAGACAGCAUCACUUACACUACUGUGGACUGGAGAGAUUUUAUGUGCAACACAUGGCAUCUAGAACCCACUCUUAGAUUAAUUUCUUGGACUGGAAGAAAAAUUGAUCCAGUAGGUGUUGAUUAUAUUCUUCAAAAACUGGGCUUCCAUCAUGCCAGGACUACAAUUCCUAAAUGGCUUCAAAGAGGAGUCAUGGACCCACUUGAUAAAGUUCUCUCAGUUCUUAUCAAAAAACUUGGUACUGCACUACAGGAUGAAAAGGAAAAGAAAGGAAAAGACAAAGAAGAACACUAAAA